AUCUUCUAUCUCUCACUGCCUGAGUCUAUCGCCACCGCCUCCACCACCUCAUAAACCCUAGCGCCGCUUGGUACACGACGCAUCUGUCCCCGUCGGCUCUGCGCCUGGUUCACGAUGCCCCUCCACCAGCCGUCCUUGUAGAAGGUGUCCACCUCGUCAUUCGAAUCGAAGCCCUUGACGACCUCCUGUACCGGUGGCGCGGGCCUCACAAACAACGGCUCGAGGACGGUGGUGGAGCCUCCACCACCAUCUCCUAAACCCUAGCGCCGCCUCCUCCCAUUUCACCCUCUGAGUUUACCGGCGCGAUUCCCUGCCUCUCAUGAACCGACGCGAUUCUGGAAUCGUGUUUGCUGAUUUUUAUUGGAUAAUUCCAGAGUUUGGGGACACAACAGCAGAUUGAAGAAGAGCCUCAGCACCGCACAUAUUGGUGCGCUUCAGCGUGGCUUUGCCUUUAGGCGCGGGAGAUGAUAGGGGGUGGUCGAGUGAAACUCAAGGGAUGGCAGCAAGCUGCUGUUGCAGUUGGAUCAGCUGUUGGAGCGUUGUUGGAUCUGCGAAGAGCUGAUUUGAUAGCUGCUCUUGGGGAGACCACUGGAAAGCCCGCAUUUCAAAGGGUUCUUGAGAGAAUGAAGACAAGUCCAGAAGGGAGGGCUGUACUACUGGAGCGCCCUCGUGUCAUCUCUGCUAACGUAGGGCAUGCAUGGGACCUUCCGCCAAACACAUUUGGUGCGGCAUAUGCUAAGUUUAUGGGAUCCAGGAACUUCUCUCCUGAUGACAGGCCACCUGUCAGGUUCAUGGAAACAGAAGAAAUAGCCUAUGUUGCAACACGCGCCCGUGAAGUGCACGACUUCUGGCACACCCUGUUUGACCUACCUACCAAUUUGAUUGGCGAAUCAGCAUUGAAGGUCAUAGAAUUUGAGCAGAUGCUUCUCCCCAUGUGCGCCCUAUCUGUUGCAGGGGGGACUGCCCGAUUCAGCCGAAGUCAGAGGAAUUUGUUCUACCAGCAUUACUUCCCUUGGGCUCUACGUGCAGGCGUGAGAUGCACUGAUCUGAUGUGUGUGUAUUAUGAGCGCCAUUUUGAUGAGGACUUGGAAGAUGUUCGUCGGAUAUGGGGAAUUGUUCCUGCUCCUCCUCCCCCGCUACGUGCAGCCUGAAAUCAACACGUAGUUCUUUUCUUUCCUUACAAUGUGAUGGUAGCCUUUCUGAUCUUGUAUCAUAAUUUUACUGGUGUUCAUAUGUGGCUUAUUUUUGUAACA